AGUGCCCUGCACACAGUAAGCGCUCAAUAAAUACGAUUGAAUGAAUGAAUGAAGAGGGAGUGGAAGGGGUCGUUCGCGACCCCCGAUGACGCCCGGGCGGAAGGGUGUGUCUCCAACUUUCCAUUCACCCUUGGGGCUGUCCCCUUUCUGGGGAGCCGCCCCUCCUCGAAUGACCAUCGGGGCCUGUUGUGUCCGACGCCCCCACCCCCUCCCGGGCCCUCAUGCCCGAGCUCGGGCUGGGGGUUUGGGGUUGGCCUCCUCCCCUCUCCCCCCAGCUGGCCAGCUCCCAGCCGUCGCCCCCAGCCCUCGCCCCGGGGCCCAGCUGAGCUCUGAAAUAUCAUUUAUAAAUAACGUUCGGGGCCAGUCCUCUCGGGGAGGCUCAGAGAUUCCUCCCGGGGCUCUGCUGCGUCCAGCUCUUUGCUCUUCUCCCCCACGGGCCGGCCAGCCCGCCACCCCCCGCAGCACGCGACCUUUAAAGGUAUCCCAGUCCCAUGACUGGGUCGGCUCGCCCAACCGCCCGCCGAGGAGCCAGCCGGGGGAGGGAGGGUCUGGCCAGCGGCUUCCGAAGGCCUCCACGGGCCCAAUCAAUCAGUCAGUCAAUCAAUCGAUGGUAGUUAUUGAGCACCAACUGCGUGCGUGCAGAGCACUUGGCCCAACCACUUGGGAGAGGACCAUACAACAGAUUCCCGGCCCACCCAAGCAAGUGUGGGUUGGGGGGCUCAGUCUUCCCUCGCUGCCCCCCAAGAGGGUGAUGGGAGGCCGUGGUGGUUCAGGGUGGGUGGAAGGGGGUCUUCCUUUGGGAGGAGGGGAGCGGUGACCGGCGGAGAUCCCCCGUCCCCUAGUAAGCCAGCCGCCAGGCCUGUCCGCUGCUCGGAGCCUCUCUCUUUCUCUCUCUCGCCCUGCAGAGUCUCCAUGGGCCUCUGGAGCCGGGAGCCGGGACACCUGGGUCCGGUCCUGAGGCCGGGAGGACCCCCCUCCCGCUCCCCUGUGGGCUGGGAGGAAGCCGGAUGCGUGGGGGAGGGCUCCAGGAGAUGCCCUGUAUCCAGACGCAGCAUGGCAUGGCAGCCCCCGGCCCCUGCGAGUGCUUGAGCCCCGAGCUGAGCAAGACCAUGGAGCUGGCCGGGCCCGACGCCCCCGGCGCUCCCACCGUCCUGCCCAGCUUCAGCACCUUCAUGGAGAGCUACAGCGGCGAGUUCGACACCUUCCUCUACCAGCUGCCGGCCCCGCCUCAGCCCUCCUCGUCCUCCUCGUCCUCCUCGUCCUCGUCUUCGUCCUCCUCCCCGGCCGCCACCUCUUUCAAGUUCGAGGACUUCCAGGUGUUCGGGUGCUACCCCGGCCCGUUCGGGGCGCCCUCGGACGAGGCCCUGUCGUCGAGCGGCUCCGACUACUACGGCAGCCCCUGCUCGGCCCCGUCGCCCUCCACCCCCGUCUUCCCCGGCCCCCAGCUCUCGGCCUGGGACAGCACCCUGGGGUCUUACCCCUCCGGCCAGACUUUCGACGGGCUGAGGGCCUGGACCGAGCCCCUGCCCAAGGCCGGGGGCCCGCCGCCGCCCCCGCCCACCUUCUUCCCCUUCGGCGGCCCCCCGAGUCCCGGCCCCCUGAAGCUGGCGGCGGGCGGCCUGCGGCACGUGGAGGGCGAGGGGUACGGACCGGCCCCGGGCGGCUUCCCCGCGUUGCCCCUGGGGCCCGGUUCCCCGCCGCCGGCCCCGCUGCUGGACGGGGCGCUGCUCCCGGCCAAGGGACGAGGAGGAGGAGGGGGCUGCGGUGGCGGAGCGGAGGGGCGAUGCGCCGUGUGCGGAGACAACGCCUCCUGCCAGCACUAUGGCGUCCGCACCUGCGAGGGCUGCAAAGGCUUCUUCAAGCGCACGGUGCAGAAAAACGCCAAGUACAUCUGCCUGGCCAACAAGGACUGCCCCGUGGACAAACGCCGACGCAACCGCUGCCAGUUCUGCCGCUUCCAGAAGUGCCUGGCCGUGGGCAUGGUCAAGGAGGUGGUCCGCACGGACAGUCUGAAGGGCCGCCGGGGCCGGCUCCCCUCCAAGCCCAAGGCGACGCCCGACGCCCCCGUCAGCCUCAUCACGGCCCUGGUCCGCGCCCACGUCGACUCCGUGCCCAGUGCCACCAGGCUGGACUACUCCAAGUUCCAAGCGUCCGGACCGGGGCAGCCGGGGAAGGAGGACCCGGGCGACGUGCGGCUCUUCUACGACCUGCUGAGCGGCUCGCUGGACGUGAUCCGCUCCUGGGCCCAGCGCAUCCAGGGCUUCGCCGACCUGCCCGCGCCCGACCAAGACCUGCUUCUCGAGUCUGCCUUCUUAGAGCUCUUCAUCCUGCGUCUGGCCUACAGGUCCAAGCCGGGCGAGGGGAAGCUGAUUUUCUGCACGGGGCUGGUCCUGCACCGGCUGCAGUGCAUCCGCGGCUUCGGGGACUGGAUCGACGCCAUCCUGGCCUUCUCGGCCGGGCUGCACCGCCUGGGCGUGGACGUGCCGGCCUUCGCCUGCCUCUCCGCCCUGGUCAUCAUCACCGCAGAUCGGCACGGGCUGCGGGAGCCGCGGCGGGUGGAGGAGCUGCAGAGCCGCAUCGCGGGCUGCCUGAAGGAGCACGUGGCGGCCACGACGGGCGAGGCCCAGCGGCCGGGCUGCCUGUCGCGCCUGCUCGGGAAGCUGCCCGAGCUGCGGACCCUCUGCACCCAAGGCCUACAGCGCAUCUUCUACCUCAAGCUGGAGGACCUCGUGCCGCCCCCGCCCAUCGUGGACAAGAUCUUCAUGGACACGCUGCCCUUCUGACCCCCGUCGUCGUCGUCGUAGUCACCGCCACCACGUGCCUUCAGGCUCACGGUCCCGCCCCCUCUCUCCCCUCCGUCCCUCUCCCCCGAUUCCUUGGCGGCCCCGGGAUGGUUGUAGCCUUUCCUCUUUUUUUUUCUUUUCCUUCUUUUUGUAAAAAAAAAA